AUGAUACUGAUCAUUUUCCAAAUCGAAAACAUCAAAGAGGCAAACAUUACACAGCACAAUACUGAAGAAGUCUGCAAUGCACUCAUAUCGGCUUUUAGUGCUCGUCCUAUUGAGAACCACUUGACAACUGUUGAGGGCUUUUUUGAAGGGGGGAUGUCUAGUUGUUUGUUGCCUGUUGAACCAGUGGCCUGUGAGGCUUCGGAGCUGAAAAAGAAAAUGUUAGUGUUCAGUGUCAAGUGA